UCUUCUGUUAAAUUCAUGUGCUCCAAUUCGCAGACAGCAAUGCUACAAAUUUACAUACAAAUGUGGAUAUCUUCUUGUGUUUGGCGAACAAAAUACACAUAUUAUGAGUUAAAACCUUUUCAAAGCAAGAAAGCUGCGUCCCUAUUGGCCAAAAACUCGGAAAUCCAAAUUUUAGCAGGACUCUCUUGGGGCCAUCUUCUCACCCUUAAGCGCGUACGCCAUGGACAGAAAAAGAUGGUAAUUACUUGGUGCCAGGCUCGGACUUUACGACUGGAGAUAAGAGACGACUUCCUUAACCUGAAUGCACUUAUUUCACGCCCAAUCCUUAUCACCACCAGAAGCUUGCAGUUGCUCCUCUAAUAGAAAUAUGGAAUUGUUGUACAAGCACAUGGAGGGAGAAAAUUUAUAUAAAUUUAGACAUAUGCAUGUGUGUACAUAUAAAUAUAUAUAUAUACAUACUCAUGUCACUGUGACAUGUUUAAGGACAAAGCGAAAAUAAAUGCGAAUUUAAUAUGUUAGAGAAAUAAGCAUGGAAAAUGAAAAUAGAAGCGAUUAA